AUCGACCUCGAUCCAUUGAAUAAUUUUACUAAUCAAAUUCUUGUUGGGAUAUAUUCCUCCAAUUCCCCUCCUCCUCCCAACAAGGCAACAACAAUCUGUUCCGGCCGCCAAACAAAACCCAAAAAAAAAACACACUGAACCCAAUAAUCCGAUCCCACAGAAACUUUUCUCUCGGUCCGUUCGAUCGAUCGCUGCCGUGUCGUUUGCCAGACACCAUCAGCACCCAAAACCAUGGCCUGCAACCUGGCUCAGUGCGCCACCGCCGCCGCGGCGACCGUCGCGCCCCGCACCCCUCGCCCUGCUGCGUCCGCGUCCGUCUCCUUCUCCGCGAGGAAGCCGGCGGGCGGCAGCCUGCGGCUGCAGCGGCAGGCGUGCUGCGAGCCGUCGGUGGCGCCGUCGCGGGCGGUGUUCGCCUGCCGGGCCGCGGCGUCGGGGAGCGCGGCCGACCUGGCCUCCGGGGGCAGGAGGUCGUCCGGCGUGCCGGUGUUCGUCAUGAUGCCGCUGGACACCGUCAAGGAGUGCGGCACCGCGCUGCACCGCCGCAAGGCGGUGCAGGCCAGCCUCUCCGCGCUCAAGAGCGCGGGCGUCGAGGGCGUCAUGGUGGACGUGUGGUGGGGCAUCGCCGAGCGCGACGGCCCGGGCCGGUACAACUUCGCGGGCUACGCGGAGCUCAUGGAGAUGGCGCGCAAGGCCGGGCUCAAGGUCCAGGCCGUCAUGUCCUUCCACCAGUGCGGCGGCAACGUCGGCGACUCCGUCAGCAUCCCGCUGCCGCGGUGGGCCGCGGAGGAGAUGGAGAGGGACCAGGACCUCUGCUACACCGACCAGUGGGGCCGCCGCAACUACGAGUACGUCUCGCUCGGCUGCGACGCCAUGCCCGUCCUCAAGGGACGCACGCCCGUCGAGUGCUACACCGACUUCAUGCGCGCGUUCCGCGACCACUUCGCCGACUACCUCGGCAACACCAUCGUGGAAAUCCAAGUCGGCAUGGGCCCCGCCGGCGAGCUGCGCUACCCGUCCUACCCGGAGAGCAACGGCACCUGGAAGUUCCCAGGCAUCGGCGCCUUCCAGUGCAACGACAGGUACAUGCGUAGCCGCCUGAAGGCGGCAGCGGAGGCGGCCGGCAAGCCUGAGUGGGGCCACGGUGGGCCGACCGACGCUGGCGGCUACAACAACUGGCCUGAGGACACCGUCUUCUUCCGCGGCGACAACGGUGGGUGGAGCACCGAGUACGGCGACUUCUUCCUGUCGUGGUACUCGCAGAUGCUGCUGGAGCACGGCGACCGCAUCCUGUCGGGCGCCACGUCCGUGUUCGGCGCCGCGCCCGUGGAGGUCUCCGUGAAGGUGGCCGGCAUCCACUGGCAUUACGGCAGCCGGUCCCACGCCCCCGAGCUCACCGCGGGCUACUACAACACGCGGCGCCACGACGGGUACCUCACCAUCGCGCGCCUCCUGGCGCGCCACGGCGCCGUGCUCAACUUCACCUGCGUGGAGAUGCGGGACCACGAGCAGCCGCAGGAGGCGCGGUGCAUGCCGGAGGCGCUGGUCCGGCAGGUGGGCGCCGCGGCGCGCGCCGCCGGGGUGGGCCUCGCGGGCGAGAACGCGCUGCCGCGGUACGACGGCACGGCGCACGACCAGGUGGUCACCACGGCCGCCGAGCGCGCCGCCGAGGACCGGAUGGUGGCCUUCACGUACCUGCGCAUGGGGCCCGACCUCUUCCACCCGGACAACUGGCGGCGCUUCGCCGCCUUCGUGCGCCGCAUGAACGGCGCCGGGUCGUGCCGGGAGGCCGCGGAGCGGGAGGCGCACGGCGUCGCGCAGGCCACCGGGUCGCUGGUGCACGAGGCCGCCGUCGCGCUGCGGAGCUGACCGGCCGGGCCGGGACGGAACGGAAGCCUACGAUCGACUGUACAUACAGGGGUUGGGACUUGGGAGGGAGCUCGGGUUCUUGUUGGGUUUUCCUUUGGGUGGAGAGCGAGGGAGCGCAGUCGAGAGCCAGCGAGCAGUCUCUCGUGCAGUGCAGUGCAGUGCACUGCAGCUCCAGCGUAGACGAGAUUGUAUUGUGACCAAGCCGGGAGGGAAAGCAGGGAGGGGAGGACAAAGAUGUUUUGUCACGUUUCAGGCUCUGGCCAUCGCCGGAGUUUGUGCGGGGAAUAUAUCGAUUUCCUAUUAGAAAUCCGCAGAAAAUGAUGUGUUCCUGCACUGCCUGAUUCGGUGCCGCG